CCAUGAUGACCCCGGCCAGCGUGUUAAGACUGUCCUUCGUGGCUCUCGGAUUGCUUGUCUCGUCGGGGGUCAGCGGUCAGGAGGUCACGGGCAAAACCACAGAUAACCAAUUCAGUGAAACCAGCCACCAGGACACAGGCAACCAUACCAGCACCACCACAGAAAGGCCCUUCAACCAAAACCCUCCAGCUACCGUACAAUCCAGCAACCAAGACAGCACCAGCACCACAAACGGACCCCUCAACCAAAAUCCAACAGUCACCCGGCAAACUGACAACCAGGACAACACCAACUUCGGCACAGCCACAGAAGGGCCUUACAGCAACAACCAAACGCCUGACCCAACCACCAACGCCUCCUGCUGGUUCGGAAACACAAGGUUGCAACACGGGGAGACAGCGCUGGGGCUGCCGGAGGGUUGCAUGAGGCUGGUGUGCUGCAACGGGGAGAUCGUCAAGAAUACUAUGGUGUUAGAGGGACCGAGCUAUCACCCUGACGUCGACCCCUGCACCAUGGACGACCACAACGACCAUGAGGGGAACAAUACCACCUGGUCCCCUUGGCGAACCUUCCAUGACGAUUAUAGCAAGUGCUGUGUCUUGGGCAAAGAGAUGUAUGAUCACGGGCACAUCCUCACCAACUUCUGCGUUAGGAUGGUGUGUCACAAUGGCCACUGGGACUUCGAAGGCACCAUCGACCCCACGUGCGGUCACUGCUGGGUAUACGACGACCCCCACUUCACGACCUUCAACGGGACACACAGAGACUGGCACGGGCGAUGCAACUACUCCCUGGCGCAGACCGACAACUCCUACAACCCCUACACCGCCGUCUACGCCUCCUUCAAGAAGUGCUUCAAGAAGGGCGGCGGCUUACCUUCCUGUAUCGACACCGCGACGUUUAGAGAAAGUCCGAACAGCGUUGUGGAGAUGUUCGCUGGUGAAGACGUUGAGAUCACGGUCAACGGGGAGCUCGUGAUGAUCCCCGACACCCACGACUUCAAGGGCAUCACCACCUCUCACGGCAACCAUCCUCUGCUGGCCGUGAGGCUGGACGAGUGUGUUAUCAUCAUCGGCGGCUGGUCAGGCUUCGUGGUGAUGCAGUGCCCCCAUCGGCUGGACGUGUGGGUGCGGAGGUCGUCGUCUGGGGGUGGCGUGGACGGGCUGUGUGGCCGCUUCAACAACUUCACGAACACGACAAAGAACAAAACCGUCACGCUCAGUAGAGUGAACGUCACCAACACGACAAUGCAUCCGUUUCUCUGGCUGGCUAACAACAGCACCAAGGAAAAAUGCAUCACCACCGAUCAAGACCUAAACAAUAGUGCCGCGUGCAAGGACCCGCUGGACGACUUCGUGGAGCCCUGUGAGAAGCACACACGAGGAUACGCCUACCUCAACCAGUCGUGCCAGUACGACCUGUGCAAGCUCAACCAGACGCCGCUCGGGAAGAGGAAGAGGAACGUCAGGAGGUGGCUGAAGAUCAUAAAACGCAACGCCUUCAUCACCGAGUUUCUGGACAACGCGACUCGAGACUACAUGGCGUAAGCAAAGUAACCAGCCUGACAUGACCCGUCCCUCCCUUGCCCUAGCCAGCCACAGGUGAGGUGAGAACCCCCGGCAGUUCCCUUCUGGUACCAAUGGCGCAGAUCAGAAGAGGGGACGGACCAGCUGGACUAACGUGGAAGGUUUAAACGUAUGGGACAAGAGGAUUAUAUAGGAAGACAAGUAAAGGCCACGGAAGGACAAUAUUGCAGGAAGAGAUAUAAGCAAAAAAGGAGGAGAAUAUAUAUCACAAAGAAGACAUAUGAGAAAAAAAUAAGGAAGUAGAAGUUAGCAAGAAAAAAGACACCGAGGAAGAAGUGAAUGGAUAACGGAAAGACGAGAAAACUUAAAUAAAUAUGGAAGUACAAGGCAGCAGGAAGGGAAAGAUAAAGCAAGGAAGAGGUGAAAGGAUAAAAAAAAUGAAGAAAUCUGAGACCCCCCCAAAAUCGAUGACAAAAUAAUACCAGGAAAAGACACUAUAGACAUGCCUGACUAAGAAGAUGACAAAAAGUAAACAAAGUAUAAAUAAGAUACGUGACAAAUUAGAUGGAUAACAAAUCUCCUCAAUAACAAAAAGCAAAGCAAAACAGAUGACAAAAAAAUCUGAUGAUAACAAAUAAGAUAGUUGAAAAAUAUACCAGGUAAUGAAAAAUAAAAUAAUGACAAAAAUGACGAGUGAAACAAAUAAAAAAACAGAAUAAAAAGAAAUGAAGAAAGUAAUAAUAAAACAAGAAUCUAUCAACACAGAGUCAAUCAGAAGCCAUAAAAGUGAA